AUGACUACGACAGGAGAGAUCUCCAACACAGUACAUUCGAUCGAGUCUGGAAACAUGGACAAAGAGCAAGACCGUGUGCCACCUAAUCAUAUUGAAAAGGUUACUUCAGGCCAAGAUGUGGAUAUAAAAUUGGCCAGUGAGUCCGAGGAGAUUUUCUUCACUAAAGAAGAAGCAGCUCGCGUCAAGAGAAAGAUAGACUUCAUCAUCUUGCCUCUUCUAUGUGGCUGUUAUAUUUUCUCUUUUUUGGACAAGACUCUCAUCAACUAUAGUUCAAUCUUUGGCUUGAAACAGGCACUCCACCUCCAUGGGUCGCAAUACAGUUGGUUGGGAAGCAUCUUUUAUAUCGGUUAUAUGAUCGGAUCGAUUGCGUGGGCCAAGCUUGUUCACCAAUGGCCGCAACAUACUGGGAAGCUCAUUACCGCAGCAGUGCUCGCAUGGUCAAGCAUAGUGUUACUUACACCUCUAUGCUUCAAUUUCGCCGGUAUCGCGGCCGCACGUUUCUUUCUUGGACUAGUGGAAAGCGUCAUAGGGCCAGUCUUCGUCAUUGUCACGAGUAACUGGUGGACUCGACCUGAACAAGCGUUCAGGACUGCCUUCUGGCUUGGUGGCACUCCGAUUGGAAAUUUCUUCGGUGGUAUUCUCUCAUACGGCCUUGGCUCAAUUCACGACUCGUCGAUUGCCACAUGGAAGAUCUUCUUCCUCUUCUUUGGAUCUUUCAGUUUUGUAUUUGCGCUUAUUCUUGCAUAUCUUAUGCCCGACAACUACUCCAAUGCGAGAUGGCUCACCCCUCGCGAGAGAGAGGUCGCAAGGGACAGAGUGAGAGAGAACCAGACUGUCUCCACUGAUAAUCAUUGGAAGUGGUCUCAGUUCUGGGAAGCGUUGAGAGACCCUCAAACCAUCUUCUUCUUUGUAACCGCAGUUGGCAACACGAUGCCUUCAACAUUUGCUAGUCAAUUUUCGAGCCAGAUUGUCCAAGGCUUUGGCUUUACAGCUUUGCAAACGACGGUUAUUUCCGCGUGUCCGGCUGCAGUAAUUCAGCUUAGUACAUUCCUCGGUUUCUCCUAUAUAGCAUCUCAUCGAAACAAUAUUCGGCUUCUACUUUCCAUCGUAGCGUCCAUACCACCCUUAAUCGGCGCUUAUCUGCUUCAUUCGCUCCCCGAAAGCAACCGAGCUGGCCGUCUUGCAGGAUAUUAUCUUACUUUCACGCACACAAUGUCUUUUACGCUCAGCACCGGAUUAAUGGCCUCCAACUAUGCGGGAAACACGAAGAAGUCGACUGCGUCUGGUAUCAUCUUCGCAGGAUGGGCUGCGGGACUCAUUGCAGGUCCUCAAUUCUUCCUUGAUAGUCAGGCACCGGUAUAUGACUUGGCCUUCAGAAUGCUCAUGGGCUGUUAUGCUUUGAUGAUCAUUAUCCCGAUUUUACAGUACCUCUGGUACAGACAUGAAAAUAACCGACGAGAUCAGAAGCUGGCCAGAGAAGGAGGUGGCACGGAUGAGGUCCUCAGAACAGACUUCAGCGACAAGACAGACUUUGAGCGGUGGCAGACAUUCAGGUACACGUUGUAA